AUGGACAAACGAAAAGACUCGAGAGACGGCACCACGCCAGGUUCCAAAGCCGACUAUGACCUCUCUCGCCCCAUCCAUCCCGCAGUCGGCAUGAGACAAGGGCUCCCCAACUAUGGCGAUCCUCACUUCUCUCUGUUCCUCCGCAAGGUCUUUAUCAAAGCCCUGGGAUACAGCGAGGACGCGCUUUCACGACCCAUCAUUGGCAUCAUCAACACGUACUCGGGCUUCAAUCCCUGCCACGGCAAUGUCCCCCAGCUCAUUGAGGCGGCAAAGAGGGGUGUCCAGCUCAACGGGGGGCUGGCGAUUGAGUUCCCAACGAUUAGCAUCCACGAGUCGUUUUCUUCGCCGACGAGCAUGUUUUUGAGGAACCUCAUGAGCAUGGAUACGGAAGAGAUGAUCAAGGCGCAGCCAGUAGAUGCGUGUAUUGUCAUUGGUGGAUGUGACAAGACAGUCCCGGCUCAGCUCAUGGGAGGGAUAUCCGCCAACAAGCCCAUAUUGCCUCUGAUCACGGGGCCAAUGAUGCCCGGGAGUUUCAGGGGCGGCCGUAUUGGGGCCUGUACAGACUGCCGCAACAACUGGGCGGCUUUCCGGGCAAACGAGAUUGAUAUCGAGGACAUUUCAGCACUGAACGAGGAACUUGCUCCGACGGCCGGGACAUGCGGCGUCAUGGGCACCGCAAGCACAAUCGCCUGUUUGACGGCAGCUCUUGGACUAAUUCCGCUUCGCGGUGGUGCAACUGCUCCCGCGGUAUCAAGCGCUCGACUGCGAAUAGCCGAGCAGACGGGUGCAAAUGCUAUAGCAGCAGCCAAGCACAAACGCACUCCGCAAUCCAUUCUCACCGAGGCAUCUUUCCAUAACGCCAUUACUGUGCUUCAAGCCAUCGGAGGCUCCACCAACGGCAUCGUGCAUCUCCUCGCUAUUGCAAACCGGCAUCCAGAAGUAAACGGCAAAAUCACCUUACAGACAAUAGACGAGAUCGGAAGAAGGACGCCGUUGGUUGUUGAUCUUAAGCCCAGCGGCGACAACUACAUGACGGACUUGCAUAAUGCAGGAGGCAUUCCUGCUCUGUUCAAUGUGUUACGGCCACUGCUUAAGCUGGAUGCCCUGACGAUAACGGGUAAGACCUUGGGUGAGGCUCUGGAUGAGGAGGGCUUUCGCCCGUUUCCGCUCACUUCGCAGAUCAUUCGACCGUUGGACAACCCACUGUAUCCGUCUUCUAGUCUCGCAGUUUUAUAUGGAAAUAUCGCCCCUCACGGAGCCGUUAUAAAAGCCAGCGCCAGCAAAUACAGGCAUCUUCUCACUCAUCGAGGCCGAGCUGUGGUUUUCGCGGGCCCCGAGGAUCUUGCCAAGCGCAUUGAUGAUCCAGAUCUCGAUGUUGAUGAAAACAGCGUAUUGGUUUUACAGGGUAUUGGCCCCAUUGGCUUCUCAAGCCCAGGGAUGCCAGAGGCAGGACUGAUACCCAUCCCGCGCAAACUGGCAGCCCGUGGAGUCAAGGACAUGUUGCGCCUCUCAGAUGGACGCAUGUCUGGCACGGCGGGGGGGAGCAUCGUUUUGCAUAUUUCGCCUGAAGCUGCGUUGCCGGAAAGUGUAUUUGGGGUUGUACGGGAGGGAGAUGUCAUUUGCUGUGAUGUGGAGAGGCGAAUGCUUGAGGUGGAGCUUGAUGAAGCAGAGAUUGGGAGGAGAGUUGCGGAGAGGAAAGAUAGGUUAGAGAGUCGGCUGGAAGGGCUUGGACCUGCAGAGACUAGGAGGCGGCCGGCGCGUGGGUAUAGGGGUUUGUAUGAGAGGAGUGUGAUGCAGGCUCAGGAUGGCGUGGACUUUGAUUUCUUGACUGCUAACGGGGCGAGUCAAUGA